UAUGGGUUUUUCCGACAUGUAUACGCAUGUUUCUAUUGGCUGCGCAGUUUUAUUUGGUGCUCCCUCUGGCGGUGAACCACUAAAGUAACUGUGACUACUCCAAAAUUUGAUUUAUCAAAGAUGUCGGAACAAGAUAUACCUAGAUACAGAACAGCUUUAGCUGUGGCUAUCAUGAAUGGUACUGACUCCAGUCAAGCAUUGACAGACUUGUUGUAUGCUGAUGUACCACUGAAUGCCAAGUUCCAGGCUGUAGAUUUUUGUGAACUGUUGUCAAACAAUGCCGAGUCUGCAGUAACUCUGAAGAAAUUGAUGCAAGCUAUGAGUAUAUUGGAGAAGUAUGCUCGACAUUUAAUGAAGCCGACGGAACAGCGCUCAAACAUGUGGCGACAUAUAAAAUACAGUAACAAUAUUUUCCGUGAGAGGGUUAAUGCUAUAAAGGGUGGAAAGUACAUAAUGCACUUGAUGGGAUAUACUGAAAAUCGGCCUGACGGUGUAGCGUUUCCGGAUGGUGCUGAGCCGAAUCCUGAUCGUAUCCUUCAUUUGCUUGUCGAUCUGGUUGAGGGACGUAAAGAACUAGAGACAUUCUUAGAAGGGAAUCAUCCAAAACCAGAAAUUAUUGAACGAUAUCUUACACCACAGCUUAUGUCAUCCUUACAGAGUGAUAUAACAACUGCAGAGAAUACAGUUGGUUCCCAGCAGGGAAUGCAAAAUGUAAUUCCUGGCUCAGAAUUUGUACAGAGCCAGUCCCAACCAAGUAUUCCUGCACCAUUAGUGCAACCAGGUUCAGGCCUAAUGCAGCAAACAUUCUCACAGUCUUCUGUCCAAGACAACAUGGGAACCAGACCAAAAACCACCAGCUCAAACUUUACACAACCAUCUCAGUAUGCCGAACCUAAUUUGCCAUUAGGGCCAGAAGUUAGACAACCAUAUCCAAAUGCCAAUCAAAUACCACAAAGGGCCACUAACUACCCCCAAGUUACUUACCAAAAUGAACAAGGAGUUCAAGGUGAAAUGGGGAUAGUUGACCUUCAAAGUAAUAUUCAAGGUCAUCAGCAUCUUGGUCCUACAGACUUUCCAGGUCAAGGUUACAUCUUAGGUAGAAAUGUGCCUGAUCAAAGACAUUUAGCUGAUUCUUACCAGCAAGGUCAAGGUGAAUUUAAUAUCCAAGGUCAAGGUCAGAGUGAAAGUAGAAGCAUUCAAGGUAACAACAGUUUGCAGUCUAACCAACAGUACCAGCAGAUGCAACAAAGACAGAUGGCAGAUCAAGGGGGGAUGCAGAAUACUGAGGGACCAUCAGAAGGAAAGAUUGAGGUUGAAUCAAAGAUUCCAAGUAUAGCCUGUGAUAUAUGUGGUGACAACCAUGCGGUGGUUAUAUGUAAAGUAUGUGAUAACAAACAGCUGUGUAAAGAUUGUGAUGUAAAAUGGCAUAACCAUCCAAAACGUCAGAAUCAUAAAUUAGAAUAUAUACACCCAACACUUGAUGAUGGAAGACAACCAUCUUGUUCAUCUGAACAAAGCAAAAUGUCAGACCCUAGAAUGCAAGGAGGGUCUCCAAUGUCAGUUUACACAAUGCAGCGGGAACCAGCACAUCAGGUUCAACAAGGUUACAGUUUACAGAGCCAGGAACCUUCUAGAACAGCUCAAGUAGGGUACAAUUUGCAGGGCCAGGAACCAACCAAGUCACCCCAGUACAAUAUGCAGGGCCAGGAACCAUCAAAGUCACCUCAAUACAAUAUGCAGGGCCAGGAACAAUCAAGAUCAGAUCAGAUAGGAUAUAAUAUACAGGGCCAGCAACCAUCUAGGCAGACACAAGGGUACCAUUUACCAGGUCAUACACAGACACAGCAGAUGUCUUUAAGUCUGCAGUCUCCCAACGAUCAACGUUCACAAAAUAUCAACAAUUUCCAAGCUCAAUAUGAUGCAAAAUCCAGCCCAUACAUGACGAUGGGUCAAAGUUCAAAUAUUAAUGUAUCAAGCCCGCCAAAUUCAGAACAUCCUAAUUCCCACACACAAGGCAGUUAUAUUUAUGGACAACCAACCAUCAUGGGACACAUGCCAGGAAGCAUCCACUAUCCGGUUUCUAGUGGAGUUUAUCAACAGGGACAACAUCCUUAUGCCAUGUCACCACAUUUGGUUCAAGGUCAAGUGGCGCAAUAUCCUCUUGGCUACCUGCCAAAUGUAUUUAUGCAGCAACAACAACCACAGAUGUCUAUGCAGGGAUAUCUGACUCCAGUUGCAUCAGCAGUUGCUAGUGUGCCAAGAGCAGAUAAUAUUAGGUCAGCAACUUUACCUAGGUCAUCUAGUACAAAUACAAUGUCUGCUGCUCCAGUUUUAGUCCAAAAUGUACGACAUUCGAUAUCUUCACCGAAGGUGUCAGAGUCAUCAGACACCUCGAAUAUUAGCAUGAGUAGUGUGAGUUCAACAAAUUCAGGGUCACGGUUACUGCCUAAGAUAAAAGCCAUUGGUGACCUUGAAAAACAGCAUGCAAAACUUGAGAUAAAUCUAAUGACCUUGAGAGAUGACCUGAAGGAGUGGGAAGAGAAGAUCAAUGAAAUUAUUCUUCAAAAUCCGAACUUUUUCCAAGAUGAAGAGUAUAAACGCUUAAACCGAAAGAAAAGAAAGCAUCUUCAAGAGGUUAAUGAGCUUCAGAAGUAUCAAGUAGAGUUAGAGCUUCUUCUUAAGGAAAAAGAACAGGAAGAAAUGGAAAUGAAAGGCAAUGAAGUUCAAUUACUUAAACAAAGAUUUAAUCAGAUCAAAACUGGAAGCUAUGAUAAUCCACCUUUGAAUUCUGAAGCAUACAUAGCUCCUGUUGCCUUGGAGCCGAUGGUUCCUGUAACCACUUCCUCUAGACCAGUCAAUUCAUCAGGCUUGGUACCAGCUGGUCCCGUGACUACAACCUAUCGUCCGCAUCAGCUACAGAAAAAUACGCAGUCUUCUGGAGAACCAAACUACGAGAAUUGUCCUCCGCUACGUAUUAAUAGUCUUGGAGAUGAUUUAUCUGAAGACAUUAAAAAAAUGCUUGUCUUCGAUGCAAAUCCUCAUGCUGUUGAAUCUGGUCUCGGCAAGAAAAUACCUAACCAUGCAGAAGUUGAUCCUAAUAUCUUUAUCCCACCAAAUUUAUCUAAUCAACAAGGAACCAACCAAGAUUUUCCUAAUGAAAAUUUAAUUGGUUUUAAGAAAGGCGGUUCAGAACCAAAUCUUCAACUUCCUUUAGCUGGAAACCAAGUUCAGGUGAAGAAAAGUCAGUCUACCGCAGAUCUUCCAAUGUGGCAAUGUGAGCAUUGCACCUUUUUGAACAAUUAUGAUACUAAAGCCUGUAUAAUAUGCUUUAAAACUUCGGAUAAUCCAAAAAGAAUUGAUCCAAAUAUGCCUGCAGAUAAUGAAGGGGGAGGUAAUGUGACAGAAACUUGUGAAUUUUGCACUGUUUUCAUGGAACCUGGAACACAAAUAUGUGGGGUUUGUGGAGAGACACAAACAAAGUAUAAAUUCAUUAGUCAGAAUGAGCACAUGCAGUUUGAACCAGAAAACCCGGCCAUAAGUCAAAACAUUGCAAACCAGUCUGUUGAGGAAAAUGCAGGGAACCAGCUUAUAGAAGACCAGAACAAAGGUGCAGGGUACCAGACAAUGAGUGGAAGACCAGGAAAGGUGAACCAGUCUGUAUCUGAUGCUACAGGAGACAGUGUAGCCACUGCAGCCUCAAAUGUUGGGAAAAUGAUAGAAGAAGAACAAGAUCAGGUUUACCUGGAAAAGAAAGCUGCACGAGAAAGGUUUGAAAAAAUGAAUAAAUCUCAGAUUGAUAUAGCAGCAGCAGGUUUAGAGAAUAUAAAUGCAGCAGAUGCACAGGGCGUGGCCACUGGUGCAGUGGGAGGAGCUAGUGGAGGCCCAGUAGGUGUGCCUAAAGGUACAAAGCAAAGUGUAGAGCAAUUAAAGCAGGAGGUUGUUCAGGAGUGGAUUGUAGUUGAUAAAACACCAGCAAAAGAGACUCCGAAAGGGAAUCUUCAACAAUCUUUAGAGAAAAGUCCUGUAAACA